AUGAUAGUAGUGUGUGGAUAGAUGAAUCUAACGACGGUGAGAAAUUUUGGUCCAACUUGGCCCGUGGGUUGCAGAAUAAACGGACCCCGACAGUUUUCACUUUUCACACUCUCUCAUCUCAGAUCGGAAUCAGAAACUCUGACCAGUCACAACCGCUGGUUCGAUUUCCGUUUUCCAGUGUCGGCUCAUAACAGCGCAACAAUGGGCAAUCCCUCCUCCUCCGUCGGUGUCAGAAAACCAAUCACACAUGUCGUUUUUGACAUGGACGGUCUCUUGCUAGACACGGAGAAGUUCUAUACUGAAGUUCAAGAAAUUAUACUUGCUAGAUACAAUAAAACCUUUGAAUGGCCUCUCAAGGCUAAGAUGAUGGGAAUGAAAGCAAUUGAAGCUGCUAAGGUUUUUGUUGAAGAGACUGGGAUCAGCGAUUCUCUUUCUGCCGACCAAUUUCUUGUUGAAAGAGAAGAUAUGCUGCGGAGUUUGUUUCCAACAAGCGAGCUCAUGCCAGGUGUUAGUCGUUUACUCAAGCAUCUACAUGCAAAAGGAGUUCCAAUUGCCGUGGCAACUGGUUCUCACAAGCGACAUUUUGAACUGAAAACGCAAAGACACGGGGAAAUGUUUUCUCUGAUGCAUCAUGUUGUUCUUGGUGAUGACCCUGAAGUUAAACAAGGCAAACCAUCACCAGAUGUAUUUCUUGCUGCAGCCAGGAGAUUUGAGGGUGGACCAGUGGAUCCGAGUAACAUUCUUGUUUUUGAAGAUGCACCCUCUGGAGUUCGUGCAGCUAAGAAUGCCGGAAUGUCUGUUGUUAUGAUUCCUGAUCCAAGGCUGGACAAAUCUUUUCAAGAUGCAGCCGACCAAGUUUUGAACUCAUUGUUGGAUUUCAACCCUAGUGAGUGGAGUUUACCUCCGUUUGAAGAUAAUGGAAAUUGAAUGUGAGCUUUCAAGACUGCCUGUCAUUCAAUUUUAAAAGCUGUCCAAUCUUAGAGCAUCUACAAUAGUCAUUUUUUGAGGAAUCCAUUUUGGAUUUCAUACACUAUUAUUAAAUGGUUCCCCAGAACGUCUUGUCAUAUUUAUGCAACUCAUGCAAAUUUUGCUCCAAUGGUAAUAAACUAUGCAACUCUUCAGCAAACCACACUAUUAUGUAGAAUGUUCUCCUUUUUUUAUGUAUUGGUUGAUGAAAGGUAACAAAUGAUUUAUUCUAUUGCUACCGUAGCUUAAUUAUGGUCCCUGAACAAUUUCUAUGAAACCCAUAUUCAAAUUCCUCCAAUUAGAACACUUGCUAUUAUUUAUUA